GCCAAUAAGAGUUGUCUUCUACGAAAUCUGGGAUAAAGCCUUCGAAUAAUGUGUUGUUUAAUAGUAAUGUUUAACGAAUAUCUUGUCAACAAUUCUUAUAUUGUAAGGACUUCCUAUUUCUAAAUUCGACUAGUGUUAGGGCACAUGAGUAAUGAGAUUCGAACGUUGAAGAAUUUUCCCAAGACUUCAUUGAGAUUGAAAGUUCUACGCGAAAUCGUCUCGUUCAUACAUCGUAGUGUGCGACUACUUACAGAAAAGCUGAAAGCAUUCAAUAUGCUUAGCAAGGGCAUAGGAAAGCAACUCGACAUGAUGUGGUUUACUGGCAAAGUAGAUUUAGCCACUCAGAAAGGUGAACUUUUCUUCGACUUGAUUGAAGAAUGCAAACAUGCAGCCCCAGGAGCCAGACUGUCAUAUCAGCUAAGGAUUCAGUUAGAGCGAUUCUGUAGAGAGGUUAGAAGGGAAAUAGCUUGUCGUGUAAAGGAUGGGUGUGCACCUUUGUUUAUAGCUUGUAAACGAGGACAUGUAGAAAUCGUUGAAUAUCUUAUCACUGUGUGCAAUGUUGAUUUGGAACAACGUGGACUGUAUGAGGUACCAGAUGAUCACUCAGUGCAUUGUGUAACACCAUUAUGGUGUGCUGCAGUGUCAGGAAAGCUUGCUGUUAUUAAAUGUUUAGUGGAGCAUGGUGCAAAUGUGAAUUCAGUCUCAGACACUGGUUCAACACCUGUUCGUAGUGCCUGUUUCAUGACACACCUUGAUAUAGUGUCAUAUCUAGUUGAGAAUGGUGCAGACAUUCUCCGCCCUAAUUACAAUGGUGGUACAUGCCUCAUUAAUUCUAUUCAGAGUGUUCAACUGUGUUUAUAUCUACUCCAACAUGGAGCAUUAGUAAAUGCAAGUGACAUUCAAAACAAGACACCAUUACAUUAUGCCAUUCAGGAACAUCGAUUCGAGACGACAAAAUUAUUACUGGAUAAUGGAGCAGAUCCACAUGCAAGAAGCCGGUACAAUGAUGAUGCUCUGCAGACGGCUUGUUUGAAAGGAGCUACGCAUAUUUUUGAUUACCUCAUUGGUCAGGUGACGUAUAACCUAGAACGUGUGGCAGAUGCCCAUGAGCUUAUGGGCUCGACCUUCUUAGAUGAACAUAAUGAUACUGCAGCUGCAUUAAGACAUUGGCGCAUUGCCACACACGUACGUAACACCUUCGGGGCAUCAGAUAAUGAACCCAUACCAAAACGACCAGUGAUGCCGCCCAGAGCAGCAUUUUGCAAUGCAGUGGAAUUCAGAACAAUGGAGGAUCUGAGGAAUGUUGCAUUAGACUUGGAUAUCAUGAGGAUUCAGAGUCUGUUGAUAUGUGAGCGAGUUCUGGGGCCUCAUCAUAAGGACACGGUGUUUCGAUUAAUGUACAGGGGAGCAUCUUAUGCAGAUGCCCUUCAGUACCAGAGAUGCAUCAAGUUAUGGCAACGUGCUCUUGAGAUACGAGUCGAGAAAGAUACGAUUUUAUACACUGAUACUUGCUUCACCGCUCAAGCACUGGUACGCCUGUAUGUUGAUUUGAACGUGAAGAAUUUGCUGGUGCCAGACAAUGGGAGGGGGGAGGGAGAACCAAGAUUUGAAGACGUUGCAGACACACUGCAGCUGCUUGGCAGUGAACUGGCAUCCGCACGACAGCUCCUGGAGGUACGGCCGGUGCAAAAACGGCAACAGGAAAGCUAUGAUCGGAUACUAAAGUGCAUUACGCACUUGAUAUAUUUACUUGUGGAGACGGCACGCUCCGAUGAGCAAAAGGAGCAGAUGCAAGAAAUGGUGACUGCACUCAUCAGAAGUAAUCCUCGAUCUGCAUACACUGGCGACACGUUACUCCAUCUGUGCGUGUCGCGUCUUAAUACCAUCAAGAGCUCAUAUUACUUAGAUGAUAAACAGAUCAUCUUCCCAAACAUGGAUGUGAUUAAAUUACUUCUGGAAUGUGGUGCCCCAGUGAAUGCUCGCAAUGAAUCUCGCUCUACCCCUCUUCAUGUCGCAGCAAACCCAUACAAUUUCUAUAGCCCAUUGGUACAGCUGCUGUUGGAUCACGGCGCUCACCUGGAUCAGCCGAACCGCGUCGGCGAUUGUCCGGCGACGUUUGUGUCAGUUAAUCCUCUCAAUACUGUCCAUCUGGUGAACUAUGUCACACUGCGAUGUCUGGCCGCAACUGCUGUCUGCAAGUACAAGAUUCCUUAUAAGGGGCAGAUCCCUGUUACACUCGAGACGUUUGUUAGGUUCCACGAAGAAUAAAGAUCUGUAGUGAGUA